GCAACGGUUUUUCUCCUCUGGUGUUUGUAGAAUUCUUAUUAAUUGAAUCGUCUUCUGUUGUCUUGGAGUUCGAUUCAAGAUGGUUCUGGCAAAAGCUCCCGCUCCGAAACCUAAGCGACACGUAACGAAGAAAGGUGCAAAGGGUAAGAAACAGAAGGUUUCGCUCAAGUUCUUCAUUGACUGCUCGCAUCCAGUUGAAGAUGGGAUCAUGAACGCCGGUGAUUUUGAAAAAUAUCUCACCGAACGAGUCAAGAUCGCGGGGAAAACGGGUAACUUGAGCAACAACCUCGUCAUUGAGCGCAACAAGAGCAAGCUCACUUUCAACGCCAAUGUUCAGUUCUCCAAGCGGUACCUGAAGUACCUCACCAAGAAAUAUUUAAAGAAAAAUAAUCUUAGGGACUGGCUUCGCGUGAUCGCGAGUGGCAAGGAUUCCUACGAGCUGCGUUACUUCCAGAUCGAUAACGAGGCCGAAGAUGAUGACGAAGAUCAAGAGGGUUUACCUUGCGUGCGACGCUCGCGUGUUCUUGUGUCCCCAGCUAUGGCAAACAAUACGUACCAACCCCCGCAAUAUGCUGGGAAACCGCCACAAGGCCUUCAUCUCGACGUUCUCAAGGGAGACAAGUUGAUACAAAAAUUGAUGAUCGAUGAGAAAAAGUGUUACUUUUUCGGGAGGAACCCGAUCAUGUGCGAUUUUGUGAUUGACCACCAGUCUUGUUCGCGUGUUCAUGCAGCGCUGUGGUGGCACAAGCAUUUGGACCGUGCCUUUCUCAUUGACCUCGGAAGCACUCAUGGAACUCACAUUGGGAACAUGAGACUUGAUAGUAAUAAGCCGACGCCUCUCCCGAUUGACAGCUUGUUUCACUUCGGGGCUUCCACGAGAAAGUAUAUAAUUCGCGAACGCCCUCAAACAGGACAGAAGCCAAUCAUGGAAGAACUGGAACAAUCGGAACACGCGGAACUUCUCGGCUUGCCAGAAACUGAAAUGGAGUUGGAUAACUUGACGGAGUUCAACACCGCACACAACAGGCGACUAGCGAUGCUUGGCCUGGAUGAAAUCGAACCUAAGGUGAAAGGUCCGAAGAAGCGAAAACCGGGUGGAGUGACGUUUAAUGAGGAGGAGCAGGUGAUAAAUCCAGAAGAUGUUGACCCAUCCAUCGGGAGAUUUAGGAAUUUGGUUCAGUCCACUGUUGUGCCUGUGAAACGAACAAAGACGAAUUCGAACCCUGAAGGAUUCAUGGACACUUCGAGUUCACCCCCAUCAGCCAGCAUGCAUCGCCAGCAGGGUUUCCUGUCAUCUGCAGCCAGUUUGUAUUCAGACUUGCCAGCCGAGCAAAAUUCAACUCCAUCCACGUUUGGGUUGUUCUCGUCGAGCUUGGGCUCGAAAUUGGGCAUUUCUUUGCCGAACCCUGCACCGGAUGUGGACAUGGAAGUUGCCCAGCCGAAGGUGCAAACCACUUUCGCACCCAAAGACUUCCAUCCCGCUGACAUGGAAGACUUGGGUCCCAAAAAGAAGAAAUACGCCAAGGAGGCCUGGCCCGGGAGAAAACCCCUGAGUGCACCGGCUCCUGUCUGA